UCAACGGAAUCGAACAGCGCUCGCCCUUAUGGAAGGAGACCGAAGAAGUAAAUUUCGCCGAAAAUUGAAUUUAUUUUUAUACGCACUUAUUAAACUGAUAAAAUCAAGGUCACGUCUCGUAUUAUGUAACGCGUAGGCCUUCUUAAGAGACAACGAUCGAGAACUGUAUCCCAUAGUCAUUACUAAAGGUACUAAAAGUGAGAUCAUGGCAGCGAGAAUUGCAAGGUUUGGAUCGUCAAGCCUCAGACCUUUGACGAGGGCUGUGUCUGUCUUGGGCCCCAAAGUAUGCACCGGAGAGAAACAUGUUCACACAGCACCUGUUGUAUGUUUCCCAAAGUGUGAAUUAACGUCAAAAAGAUAUCCUGUUGAAAGAGGUCCAUUUUCCCAAAUAACACCUGAAGAUAUCCAGUUCUUCACUGAGCUUCUUAGCCCACAUAGAAUCAUAACAGAGGAAUCAGAACUUGAGGGCCAUAACACUGACUGGCUAGGAAUGGUACGUGGAGCUUCCUCUGUUCUUCUGAAGCCUAAGAGCACGGAAGAAGUAUCAGCCAUUCUUAGAUACUGUAAUCAACAUAAACUUGCAGUCUGCCCUCAAGGUGGGAACACAGGCCUAGUAGGAGGAAGUGUACCUGUUUUCGAUGAAGUGAUCAUCUCCACGGCCUUAAUGAACCAAGUGGAAAGUGUAGACAGCUGGUCUGGUGUUGUAGUGUGUCAGUCCGGGUGUGUGCUGGAGGCUUUAGACCAACAUGUAGCAGAGCAUGGCUUGAUGGUUCCUCUUGACCUGGGUGCCAAAGGGAGUUGCCAUAUCGGUGGGAAUGUUUCCACUAAUGCCGGUGGACUCCGGUUGCUGCGAUAUGGAAGCCUUCAUGGAUCUGUCCUGGGAGUGGAAGCUGUGCUGGCUUCGGGAGAAAUCAUCAAUUGCUUGUCCACCAUGAAGAAAGACAACACAGGAUAUGACCUCAAACAUCUUUUUAUUGGUUCUGAAGGAACAUUAGGAAUAGUUACCAAGCUUGCCAUCAAUUGUCCUCCAAGACCAGCAGCUGUGAAUCUAGCUUUCCUAGGCCUCCAGAGUUUUGAUGAUGUUCUCCAAACAUUCAGAGAUGCAAAGUCAAAGCUGGGAGAGAUAUUAAGUUCCUGUGAGUUCAUUGACAGAAGUUCUCUGGAGUGUGUGGAAGAGAACUUGAAGUUGAGGUCACCCAUUGAGCCACAUCCUUAUUACAUGCUCAUUGAAACAUCAGGAUCUAAUGGGGACCAUGAUGAAGAAAAGCUGAACACAUUUUUGGAGUAUGUAAUGAGCUCCGGCCAGGUGACGGAUGGCACUGUGGCAACUGAACCUUCAAGAAUUCAGCACAUUUGGAGUCUUAGAGAAAGAAUAGCUGAAUCCCUGAUCGCUGAUGGCUACACAUAUAAGUCAGUUGUUGUAUAUGAUAUUUCUAUCCCCUUACCUCACUUCUAUAAGAUGGUAGAAGACAUGAGGGAACAUCUGGGCUCCAGCAUUAUUCGUUGUUGUGGAUAUGGACACAUAGGUGAUGGAAACCUUCACCUAAAUAUUACCAGCAAAGAAUAUGAAAAGGAGAUCCUCAAUCGAAUUGAACCGACGAUAUUUGAGUGGACCGCAAGAGUUAAGGGAAGCAUCAGUGCUGAGCAUGGACUGGGCUUCAAGAAGAGGAACUACAUCCACUUCUCAAAGUCAGAUGGCGCAAUAGGCCUCAUGAAGCAGAUGAAGAAAAUCAUGGAUCCAAAUGGAAUACUCAACCCCUAUAAAGUUUUGCCCGAUAAUUAAGGCAGUUCAUCAUCUGUGAUCUUUUUUUUACUUGCGUUAACAUACUCAGGAGAUUAGUUUUUAUGAAUGAUUGUUGAUUUUGAAUUGUUUUCUGUACAGUGUGCUAUAAUUGGUACAGUCAACUUUAUUGUGAUCAAAUUUUUACCUCAUUUGUCUAAUUAAUUAGCAUUUGGUUAAAUAUCUUACUGAAGUAGAGAUUAGUAUUUGUAUCUUUCAAAGUAAUAAGAAUAAUGCACAUUUUACCAGCAUGAAGUUAUUGCUAGAGUGGAAUGGAAUGUUCCUAGAUGACAUGCUAUGGGUAAUGUAAAGUUAUUAAUGAAGGUCUACUUUGUCUGUGAUGUAGUUUCUUAAAAAUAUACUGAAAAUAAGUCUAUAUGUAUGUUUGCUUGAUUUAAUAUAUUUCUCCGGAUGAUCACUGAGUAUCGGUAUGCUUAAAUAUGGUCUUUCUGUAAUAGUAAAAAAAAUAUUGAGAACCAAUUAUAUCAAACAUACUAAUUGUUCCAAAAUGUACAGCUAUAUGAAGUCUGGGAAAAAAGAUAAUCCAGAUUUAUUUUUUCAUUAGUAAGUUAAUGGCAAAAAUUUAAUUGUAAAAAAGGUUGCCUUUAAAGAUGUAGAAAUAAUUUUAAAACUUUGUAAUUAUUUGAACACCCAAAAAUAUAUAUUUUCAACAGAGUUA